GACCCACUUAAGAGUCGUUUUUCUGAAAUGACAGCAAGACUUGGUUUAGGUGGUGCUGGUGUAAGUACUGGGAAAGCAAAAUUUCCUAAUGUACUAAAACAUGCAAUUGACAUUGCUACUCCAGCAUCAGUUCAAGAGGCAUUUGCUGUUCCUGGAAUAUGCCCAAACAAUCCACAGGCCAUUGAUACUUCCCAGCUGGUGGAAGCUUCAUUGGAUCAUCGUAACGGAGAAAACAAAAGUGAUGAACAAAUAAAGACUUGUGAUAAAUGUGGUCACUUUCUAUCAAAUCCUCAAGUAAAACGUGGAUUGAUACCUGCGAGUCUUGCAGACAUAUUAUUGCCUCCACCAGUAAAGCCCACUCAAGUUCAACGAAAAAAGAGGGUUGUAGCAGAGGGUCGUUUGAUUAGUGGAGAAGACUUGCUUAAACAGCUAAAGGAGAAAGAAGAUCUUGAGAAGAAGAAAUUGAGGGUCUUGAAGGGAGAGAGAAAGAUAGGGAAAUGAAGAGGGAAAAGCGAUUGGAAGUAGAGGAAGAGAGGCGCGCAAAAAAAAAAGAGAGAGAGGAGGAGAAGGAAUUUAAACUAAACGAGAAAAGGAGAAAAGCUGAGCAAAGAAAAGAAAAAAGGAAAUAAGCGAAUUUGGCUGGCGCUGCAGCACUUAUGGCUGGAAUGUAUGUGUGUGAGGUUAAUGGGAGGUUUUGGUUUGGGUGUGAUGAAGAGUUAUGCCAACGGUGGUAUCAUGAGGAGUGCUUGACAUAUUGUGAAAAGAUGUAUGUACGAGAGAGCUUAGAGGAAGGUGGAGAUAAAUGGUUCUGUAAGCGGUGUAAACCAUGGUUGUAUGAAGAGGAGUGAAAAACAGUUAUUGAUAAAAGUUGUUGCACAUUUCAUACUAGCUUUGGUUUUAAUACAAAUUUGUUUGUCAAGCAAUGCAUUAAAAUUAUGUCAGUUAAAUGAUAAGCUAUAUUUGAAAUUAAAUUAAAUAUGCAAAUUACAAUAAAUUUAUGAUUAACUAAUGAUUUUCAAAAUAAAGAUAAGCAUAGCU